UUGCUGAACAAUUAUUUCAAUUAACAAUAACAGCAAAAAAUUUUUCGGAUAAAUUAAAAAAUUUAUCAACAAUAAAUAAUGUUUAUAAUAGUAAUAAGGAUAUAUCCAUACAAACAGAUGAUAUUAGACGUUUAUUAAGAACUCGUUAUGCUGAAAAAGAUUUAUAUACAGUUAUUCGAAAUUAUGGAAAUGAAACAAAUAAUCGAUCAAUGGAUAUUGUUGUUCGAAGUGGUGAUCUUGUUGCUGUUGUUAAUCAUAAUGAUAUAAAUACAAAAAAUUCAAAUAUUGCAAAUUGGUUUGUCGAUAAUGGAAUUACUCGAGGUUUAUUACCUCGUUCAAUUCUUAUUCCUCUAUCAUCUGACGAUCGAUCCGGUCUUGUAUCUCAUACACCACCAACUCCACUUCGUCAUGACAUAGGAAUGCCAACACGAAUAUCUCUUUCAUCAGCUCAUGCUAAUCCAGCAUUUAAUUAUGAUCAAUCUCAUCAUGGAAAUGGAAAACAUCUAUUAAAACGAGCUCAUACAGAACCACAACCUAAUUUAAUAAAUUCAUCAGAUAAUUUUGAAAAUGAACGAAUUUAUUUAAAUCAAAUGAAUGAAUGUCAUCAAUAUGCUUCAAUAGAUCUUGAUGAUUCAAUUAUUUCUGAAUCAACUGAACAAGAACAAAUUUAUAUAGCAAUGUAUGAUUUUGAAUGUACAAGUGAUGGUGUUCUUUCUUUACAUGCUGGUGAACGAUUAAAAAUUUUACGUCGUCUUGAUGAUAGUGGAAAUGAUGAUUGGUGGUAUGUUGAAAAAAUUAAUGAUACAAGACAACGUGGUUAUGUACCUGCUAAUUAUAUUCAAGUAGCUUAA